AUGCUCUACGAACCCGGAAAAUCACCACACAACCUCCCCCACGACCCCUUCAAAGCCUGCGUGAUCCCCCGACCGAUAGGAUGGAUCUCGACCAUAUCGGCAGACGACCCAAGCGUGCACAACCUGGCGCCCUACUCGCAGUUCACCAACCUGACCUUCGACCCCCCGUACGUCAUGUUCUCGGCGAACCAGAAGCCCAACCUCGAACGCAAAGACACGGUGCGCAACGCCGAGAAGACGGGCAAGUUCGUCUGGAACCUGGCGACGUGGGACCUGCGCGAGGCCGUCAACGUCUCCGCCGAGCAGGUGCAGUACGGGGUCGACGAGUUCGCGCGGGCCAAUCUCGACAAGGAAUGGAGUCAGGUCCUGCCGGGCCAGAAGGUGCCCAUGGUCAAAGACAGCCCCGUCAAGUUCGAGUGCGUCUAUCAUACGACGUUGCGCCUCCCUGGGAACCCGCCCAUGGGCACGGUCGAUGUGGUUGUGGGUAAAGUUGUUGCCGUGCACAUCAAGGACGAGGUCCUCACGGACGGGAAGCUGGAUCCGAAAAAGACGCUACCGAUCGCGAGGUGCGGGUACUACGACUACACGGUCGUGCGGGAGACGUUUGAGAUGAUCAUCCCAGGGCUCGACGAGUCGUCGCUUGCUGGGCUGGAGGGCAGUAGAGCCAGGCACCAGAAGCUUGGUCAAUCCAAGAUGUAG